CGAGAAUAUACCGGACUUGGCAAAAUUAGCCACUACAAAAGUUGGUGAAGAGGGUUGUUCCUUGCUUAACUGGAAAACUGACGAUAUUUUUACGCUGCAAAGCUUCAAGAAAAAGUAUUCUUUGAGGAGAGUGUGUCUGCUGACGAAGCUCGGGACGAAUCUGCGCUGGGACAUUCGGUUGUGGUGGAAGAAUUAAAAAAACUAAGGUUGUGUAUUGAAAGUUUGGACUCUCGGUUGAAAGUUGUUGAAGGCAAUGUUGUUGAAAUGAAGGCGCUUGUAGUUGCACGCUUUGGAAAAUCUGAUAAAAACGCUGCUGCGGACCCCCUAUCUGGAGAGGAUGAGGUUGUUGCUGAAGGAAGCCCCCCAGUUCAUGAAGGAGGUUGUCAUACUCGUGUGAACCCCAUUGCUGUAGAGGAUGAGGCUGUUGCCCAAGGAAGCCCCCCACUUGAUCAAGGACCUUCUCAUACUUCUGUGAACCCCCUAUCUGGAGAGAAAGAGGCUUUACCCGAAGGAAGCUCCUCACUUGAUCAAGGACAUUCUCAUACUUCUGUGAACCCUCUAUCUGGAGAGGAUGAGCCUGUUGGAAAAGGAAACCCCCCAAUCGAUCAAGCAGCUUCCCAUACUUGUGUGAUCCCCCUUUGUGGAGAGGAUGAGGCUGUUGGCGAAGGAACCCACCCACUUGAUCACGGACCUUCCUAUACUGGUGUGAACACUCUUUCUCAAGAGUGUCAUACACUCACAAACCUCAUGCUCUGCAGUUCUGAGUUCGGUGCCGAUAAAUUGCAUGAAAUAAGUGCAAAGGCCCCAUUUGAAAAUUUGGACUGGGCUGAGGUCGAUGAAGAUGGUGGGUCGGCUACAAUAGAUGUCCUGGCGCUUGAAGAGCAAUGCCGCAAAGCAAAUCUUAAAGGACGAAAAAGAAAGUGCUCUAAGUACCGGUGUAGCCCAUUCACCGAUCCUACAAGAAAAAGGGCCAAACUACAAAACACGAACCCAAGCCCAACAUUUGUAGACAUACGCAAUGAUGAGUGGCUAGAGUUGAACAAAUGGGUUGAAGAGGAUGACAACCUAGAACCAACCGUGGUUGUACUUGCUAUAACGGAUAUAAUAAAGUGAGCCGCAAGUUUGUCUGAGAGCUGAUUGAACCGGAGGAGUGGUUGUCGAGUGAAGUAAGUAACCAGACUACAAAUAUUGUCACAUAGACGCGAUUUGCUCACUCAUACAGAAGUCUAUGGUGAACAAAAAAAUUGGCCUCAUUGGUCCCUACUUUACGUAUAAAAUUCUGAAUAAGGACAUUAAUGUUGCUAAGCACUGGGCUGAAGACAGGUUACUUCCGCGAGUUAAUUGGUCAAGUUUUGAAAAGGUUUUAAUUCCUUUGAAUGUGGAUGGCCUACAUUGGAUCUUGACGGAAGUUGACUUUAAAGCGAAGGUGGUUAGAGUGUAUGACUCUUUGCGGAGUGCCAAAUCUAAAUCAACUGCCCAUCAUCUAUGCAUCAGACUACCGUAUUUACUUAGUGUGAUAAAAUGCCCCGAGUCUGCUGCAGUUUCAGAUGAGUUCAAACCAUGGCCUGCGGAGGUAGUUCCCGGUGUACCGCAACAACGAGGGAGUUCGGAGUGCGGAGUGAUGACGAUGGCAUUUGCGGAGCAUUUGGCAUUGGAGUAUCCUUUGACACCCGGAUGUAACUACGACAACAUGUUGGACAUGAGAAGCCAGUUUGCGGUGCGCCUAUGGCGUCUAAAGAAGACUGAUGUUUGACACCGUUUAAAUGACAUUAUUAGUGUAUUUGACAUUAUGUUUUGUACAAUAGUGUUGCGCUUUUUGUACAAGGUUGUACACUGGAAUGCCAAACUAUAAUGCUUCCAUAUUUUGUCAACAUUUUCAUGUUUUGGAUAAGCAAUUGUUAAUAAAUUCAUGGGUUACAAGGUUACAACA